AUGGCGGCGGGCUUUCUCAAAUCCGGCGAUUUGGGCCCACAUCCGCACAGCUAUGGCGGACCACAUCCGCACCACUCGGUGCCACAUGGUCCGCUGCCGCCGGGCAUGCCGAUGCCAUCGUUGGGUCCCUUCGGCCUGCCACACGGUCUGGAGGCCGUUGGGUUCUCCCAAGGUAUGUGGGGUAAAUAUCCAGGCGUCAACACGAGAAAACAACGGCGCGAAAGAACAACAUUCACACGCGCCCAGCUCGAUGUUCUGGAGGCGCUUUUCGGCAAGACCCGUUACCCGGACAUCUUCAUGCGUGAGGAGGUCGCCAUGAAGAUCAAUCUGCCCGAGUCCAGAGUACAGGUGUGGUUCAAGAAUCGGCGGGCCAAGUGUCGCCAACAGUUGCAACAGCAGCAGCAGUCGAACAGUUUGAGCAGCUCGAAGAAUGCCAGCGGUGGCAGCGGCAGUUGCAGCAGCUCGGCAAGUGGUGGACGCAACAACAACAACAGCAACAGCAGCAGCAACAACAACAACAACAGUUCCAGCAGUAACAACAACAACAGCAACAACAGCGCCAACAAAUCAAGCCAGAAACAAAGCGGUAACGGUCAGAGCAGCUCGAGCAAUGCGAGCGGCAAUGGAAGCAGCUCUGCUGCCGCCGCUGCCAGCGCUGCUGCCGUUGCGGCGGCGCAGUCGAUAAAGUCACAUCACAGUUCCUUCCUCAAUGCCGGUGCCGGUGGUGCCAACAACAGCAACAACAACAACAACAACAACAAUAACAAUAAUAACAAUGGUGGUGGUGCUGGUGGCUCAACGCCCGGCAGCAGCAGCGCCAGCCACGCCCACAUCUCAGCCGCCGCAGCGGCAGCCGCAUUGAAUGUAACCGCAGCGCAUCAGAACUCGUCGCCGCUGCUGCCGACGCCGGCCACGUCGGUCAGUCCGGUGAGCAUUGUCUGCAAGAAGGAGCAUCUAUCCGGCGGCUAUGGCGGCGGCGGUGGCGGUGGUGUUGGCGGUGGCGGUGUUGGCGGUGGUGUUGGCGGUGGCUUGGGCGUUGGCGUCGGCGUCGGCGUUGGCGUUGGCGUCUCUGGCGAUGCUCUGCGCUCGCCCUACGACACAUUGAAGGACGCUGGUGGCGAUAUUGGCGCUGGAGCGCAUCAUCAUCAUAGCAUCUAUGGCACGGCAGCCGGCAGCAAUCCGCGUCUGCUGCAGCCCGGCGGCAACAUCACGCCCAUGGACAGCAGCAGCAGCAUUACGACACCCUCUCCGCCCAUUACGCCCAUGUCACCGCAGUCGGCAGCGGCUGCCGCCCAUGCAGCCCAAUCCGCGCAAUCGGCAUCGGCUCAUCAUUCGGCCCACUCGGCGUACAUGUCCAAUCACGACUCGUACAAUUUCUGGCACAAUCAGUACCAGCAAUAUCCCAACAAUUAUGCCCAGGCGCCCAGCUAUUAUUCCCAAAUGGAAUACUUUAGCAAUCAGAAUCAGGUCAACUAUAAUAUGGGACAUUCCGGCUAUACGGCAUCCAAUUUUGGACUCUCACCAUCGCCAUCGUUCACCGGCACGGUGUCGGCGCAGGCAUUCUCACAGAACAGCCUCGACUACAUGUCGCCGCAGGAUAAGUAUGCGAAUAUGGUGUAG